GCGGCAGUCGUCUCUUAACAUUCUAUGCGCACGCUACCCGAGUGGAGCAGAGAUCAGAGAGCAGAGACGUCUCUUUCUAUUACAAAGACUCAACCGAAACACCCAAAUGCAACGUUGCUAUUGCGGAGGGAGCUUUGGAGCUGGCAGUUCGAUGAGAUCAGCGUUGGUGCAGCCGCAGCGUCCACGUGGCGAUCUCAUGUCGGUGACGUCUUCAUCCAGACAGAGUACACGACCCACGCAGUUUGUGCGCAGACCGAGCCUCAAGUCCACUGUGCCUGGAUUGAGCUUAGGCUUGGGACACUCCAACACUCGCCUGAGCAACGAUUUUAGUCGCCGCAACUCCACAGCCACCUCGGUGAGUCAUUGCUCCAGCUGCAGCUGCAGCGCUGCAGCACAGCAACGACAGCAGAGUCGGGCCAAGGUUCUGCGCUGGGGCUGGGAGCGAACAGGAGGUGUCAGCAGCAGCAGCAGCAGCAACAGCAACACUAUAGCGAUGAGCAGCAGCUCCCCUCAGUACACGGACAAUCGACGUUUCUAUGAGCAGAGCGCAUGCGUUGCCAGUCGCCAGCCAAGCCAAGGUCAGGGUCAGGUUCAAAGUGGCAACUCGGCAGCGGCAGCGGCAUCGUCAUCGCCUUCUCCGCAGUCCCCAUCAAUGUACGCCAGCCACAACGACGAGCUACAGCAGCUGCAGGCACUCCAAAAGUUUCGACUGAUGAACGCCAGUGAAUGCUUCAGCGAUGUGCGACAGGACGAGCUGAGACUGCAGCAGGCCUACGACAAGCUGCAGCGUGGCAACACCCAAGUGGACACGGACAAGUGGCACAAGAACCGAGACAAUAGGCAGCAGCAGCAGCAGCAAUUGAACACUGGAACAACACCCUAUGCGCUGCGCCAGAAGAUGCUGCAGUUGCGCCUGCAGGCGGACGAAGAGCAGGGCAGGGGAUCGGGUGGCACGUGUGCACCAAUGGGCCGGAGCUGCGCCCUAAGAUAUAAUUGAUUUGGGGUUCAAUCAAUUUCAUCAAUUUAAGAAUUAUUUAGAGCUAUUCCACAAGAUUGAGGUGCAAAAUAAACAUUUUUAAUAUUUGCGGGAGCUGCCAAGAAAUGUGAAAAUAAAAAGAAUCUUUUAAAUGUUCACCAUGGACUUCAAUUAAUUUACUUUAAAAUUGGACAUAGAAAUUUCUG